AUGUCCCUCCAGGUCUGUUCUCGAUGUCGAAGGAAGAGAAUCAAGUGUGGUCUACAACUGCCGGCCUGCAAAAUGUGUCGACUUGCCGACGCCGAAUGCACUUUCUGGGACGACACUCUUGAUCGAGAAAUUCCAGGCAGCUAUCUAUAUCCACUCCAGCAAAAGGCCCGAGGUCUCGAGGCAGAGAUUCAACAAGCUACGAACCAAGACCAUGCAACUGCGGCGUAUGAGGUCAACUCAGUGUCGCCUCUCGAGCAGGACUAUCAUUUGACCCUAGCAGACGCUGAAGAACUGCCGUCAUUUUCCCCGGCGAUCUAUCUGGGUCCUGGAAACGCAGCAUCUUUCAUCAAGCGGCUCCUGACCGAUAUGACUACCUGGCAUAUAACCAAUGGUAGCUCGUUGCCGAAGCGUUUAAUUCCAAACGAUUUAUCCGCCUUUAGCAGCUUUCAGGAACCCGAGAGGAUACCUUCCUUCCCUAUGGCCAACGACACGCGGAAGGCAGAGCUGCAUUCUCCUCUGCCGCCUUCAACCCAACGAGCCGUCAUAGAACACUAUCUAAAAGUCAUCGCCCGGAGUAUACUUUACUUCCGGUGGAGCGGGAGCUCGGUCUAUUGGAAUGACCCUGCGGCAAUCUCUCUGAAUAUCGUGUUCGCCAUCGCAACCGGUCUCGUCGCUCGCGAUCUCGAUUUCAGGCUGGCGAAUGUAUUCACGCGGAGCAAAGAGAUUGUCCAGCAGACCGUCUUGCACGAUGAUCCCGAUACUGAUACUCUGACUGCUGCGAGAUGGUCCUGCACCGCUUUAUGCGCGCUCGCUUUAUGCGAACUGAUCUGUCCGACAUCGGGGCAGCUUUGGGACCUGCUUGGGAGAGCUUGUUCGACGCUGGAAGAUCUCAGAGAAGGGAUUCGACUGGGACACUCAAACAUGGACAAUGACAUUCGCAGGCUGGAGCGGGUUGUUCUGAAACUGGAGAGCAAAGCUACGACGCAUUUCCGACGCACCUCACUCUUCCUCGACAGUCAACUGACAUUAUACCUCCGAAGUAUCCCGCCCUCGGACGUUCUGGCAGACGAGCUCUACGUCGUAAGGUGUCUGCACAACAUUUCACGUGUGCUCGUGACUGUAUCGGCACCCACAGAGACAUAUCUGGAGGGUCUCAUUCCCGGGUUCCUCCAGGUUACUUCGCUGGACUCUGAAAUAAGCGCUCCUUCAGCAACGCUAUCCGCCGCCGUCAUGAUUGACCACUUCACCAAGCUCAACCAGAGACAAAUGAUUAUCAGCCUCUGGAUGGCCGCUGAAAGAGUCCUCGAAGCCGGUGCUGUGUGGGCGGCAUAUCUGAUGCACCAAAGAAGGGUGUCAGGCCGAGGACCGCAAGGUGUUGCUGCCAUGGCGACGGAUCUCGCAUUCGCUCCCAUUGUCAAGGUGUCCAGUCUUCUAGCGUCGUUCGCCGCCCGGUGGAGGCCUGGGUCAACGUACGUGGACAACUGGGAAACCUUGGUCGAAUUGCUUUGGAAAAUGGUGUGA